UCGACACCACCACGCACAGGGAAGGGAGCUCCAGUACCAGUUAAGCAUGUGCGACGGCCGGCGCGCACCUUCGGGCCGUCGACAGCGAGGUCCGAGUCGCCGCUAACACGAAUGGCUGACCUCUUUGCGGAGCCAGUGAACGGAGCAAAACACACGCGGUCACAGUCCACCCAGCUCAACGUGCCUGCUGGUAGCCCGGCACAGACGCGCCCUCGGCGACUCUCUGAAGCAGUAGGUGGCAGCGCAUGGCGCAGCACGGCCGGCAAUGGCUCGCCGUCGCUGCAAGCCCAGUUGGCAGGAGGCAGAGGCGAGGCUAACGGGCGUAGUCGGCGGGCAAGCAAUGCAAGCUCGACUGGCGCAGGCGAGACCGCAGCCCUGAACUGCCCAAUAUGUGGGGUAAUGGCGCCUAGCCUGUUUGCCCUGAAUGUGCACCUGGACGACACUCACUUUGCUGGCGACGGCAGCGGCGGAGGGAUGGGUGGCGGCGCUGGAAGCACCGCGCUGCGAGAGCACGAGGCGAGUGGCACUGGGCAAAAUGGGCAGGUAAAGUCGCGGUAUGCGUCGCAGGACGAUUUGGAUGAAGUGAAAGGCGCUAUUCUGGGGUUCUUCCGAGGUGCUGGUCGUGCCGUCAAGGGGCUCAGUGGCACACAGACCCAGGAGUCGCCCAGUUCUAAUGCCAGUGACAUGGGCGACGAUCGCCAGAUCCCAUCGGCAGGGACCGAGCAGACAGCUGUGAGCCAAGGGCGCUGGCACGCUGGGCAGAGCGAUGGAGCCGAUCGAGGGCAGGUGACAAAGGCACACUGGCAGCAGUACAAGUCGGGCGAUCGCUGCAAUGUACCAGCAUGCACACUGGUGCUGACAUCACAAACCGGUCAUGUCAACUGCCGCAAGUGUGGUCGGCUGAUGUGCAGCCAGCAUUGCAACUACCGGCUGAAUCUGGCGCCGACUGCCCAGCCAUCGGCGCGCGGCACUGCGUGCAGAGUGUGUGAGGAGUGCUACCAGCGCGCGACGCAGAGCCAGAGUGGACCAUCGCGCAACCACACAGCGGCAUUUGUGCAUCUGCGGCGAAAAGUUGUCAACGUGGCACUGCUGGAGGGAAACCGGAUGGAGAAGCGGCUGGAAAAGCUGUCGCUGGUAUACGCAGCAACAGAUACAGGCGGAUCAGCGCCAUCGUCGCUGCUGCGUUCAAAGUCGCUGCAGACGGCUGAGCAGGAGGUGGUUGUGUGGGAGGAUGAUGCCCAUGUCCAUUCAUGCCCGCUCUGCCAAAAGUCAUUUGGGCGGCUGGCGUCUCGGCGGCACCAUUGCCGGCUGUGCGGGCGGGUGGUGUGCGGGCGGCCCAGCUGCUUGGUGCAGCUGGCGAUUCCGCUGGCGAACCCCGACGGGUCUGGCUUCUCGCAGGAGCGGUUUGCCAACGUCAAGGCGUGUAAGGACUGCGAGCACAUUGUGCUGCGGCAUCGCGACCGGACUGCGCGGACAAGCCAGGCGCCAACAGUUCUGGCACAGCUUUACACGAAAAUCGGCCAGUACAUGGAGCAGGUCGAGGAGGUGCUGCCGACAUUCAACGCCUUGGCGCUUCGUUUGGGCAGUGCUGGGACUGCAGGGAGCCCCGACUUGCCGCGGGCAGCGCGGAUCCGUCGGCAGCUGACGGCGUCGUUCAAUGAUCUGGACAAGAUCUCAAAGCGGAUUGCGCAGCUGCCGGCACAAACGGCCACGGACCAGCGGUUGCAUGUGGCGAUUCGACGGUCGGUCGCGCAGUACCUGCAGCUGCACAUGUUUCCGCUGACCAUGCUGCCAAAGCCCGACCACAAGGCCAGUGCAAAGCCAGAGCGAGCGCCGCGCGCACCCACGCCGCUGCGGCAGUCGACCAGUCGGGUGGUGGACAUGGGGCAUGACGAAAAGCUGACAACGCUGUCGGUGCUGCGCGACCAGCGCGAACGAGUCAAGGGGUAUAUUAGAGAAGCACAGCGCGAGCGGCGACUCGAGGACGCCGUGUCGCUGCAGACAUCACUGAGCGAUCUCGAGGUCGAGCUCUCGCUAAUUGAGCGUAACUUGUGA